AAGAAAGUUAGUUUUAAUUCAAUAUUUAAACGCAAACCGCAAGCGCGCUGCUGAUGCAGUGACUCGCACAUCAAAGCUCCACAAAUUUUAACCUUAUUUAAAUUGACGGACAAUUUAUUACUCAGAAAUUUAAUACACAAUAGCAUUUAUUUAUUAUUUUUGCUAAUUGUUAUUUAAAUAAACUAUUUAAAAUGCCAGAGUGUACGAAAGUCGAGUCGAAAUCGACUAAAGAUGUCAAGGGUAGCAAAGAAGAAGAAAAAAAUGAUUUAUCGGAGGAAGAUAAAUUACUCCAAGAAGAGUUGGAACAUUUAGUAGAACGUCUACAAGAUUCUGACAGACGUCUCCAUUAUCCAGCACUGGAACAACUUAGAGCUCAAAUUCGGGCAUCAACGACAUCAAUGACAAGUGUCCCGAAGCCAUUGAAAUUCAUGCGGCCUCAUUUUGAGACCAUGAAAACAAUUUAUGAAAAAUUGAUCGACCAAGAAUCUCGUGAAUUGUGUGCAGAUAUAAUAUCUGUGCUGGCAAUGACAAUGGCCGAAGGUCGUGAUUGUCUUAAAUUCCGUCUGAUUGGAUCAUCUUUGCCGUUGAGCGAAUGGGGACACGAGUACGUGAGACAUUUAUCUGGUGAACUGGCUGCUGAGUGGGAUGAAGUCAGUAGCGGUGAUGAUGCUGCGGCAAAUACUGAAAAAUUAAUAGGUCUUGUUCAUGAAAUAAUACCUUACAAUAUGGCUCAUAAUGCUGAGACUGAAGCCUGUGAUCUGCUGAUGGAGAUCGAAAGACUUGAUCUAGUUGAACGUUACGUUGAUGAAAGCGCUUAUCAACGUGUGUGUCUUUAUCUCACGAGCUGUGUCCCGUAUGUAGCUGAUCCAGAGAACAGUACAUUGCUCCGCAGCUCGUGGAAAUUGUACAGAAAAUUUAAACAGCACCCGCAGGCUUUACGUGUCGCCAUGCAGCUCAAUGACUUAAAUCUUAUUGGCUACAUAUUUUUAAGUUGCACUGAUUUAUCAAUUCAAAAGCAAUUGGCUUUUAUGCUGGGUCGCCAGCAAAUCUUCCUCGAGAUUCCCGAGUCUACAGCAGAGUACGAUGACUUGAUAGAAAUAAUGUCGAAUUCUCAUCUGAACAAUCAUUUCCUCAAUUUGGCCCGGGAAUUAGACAUCAUGGAACCUAAAACACCUGAAGAUGUCUACAAAUCACAUCUUGAAAACUCACGGCCGCCAUUCGGUGGUGGACAGGUUGACUCAGCACGACAAAAUCUUGCUGCUAGUUUCGUGAAUGGUUUUGUAAAUGCCGCUUUCGGUCAUGAUAAAUUAUUAAUUGAGGACGGAAAUAAAUGGCUUUACAAGAAUAAAGAGCACGGAAUGUUAAGUGCAACCGCAUCACUGGGGUUGGUACUUCUCUGGGAUGUUGAUGGUGGUCUUACGCCAAUUGACAAGUAUUUGUACUCGUCUGAGGAUUACAUAAAAUCAGGAGCUCUGUUGGCUUGUGGUAUUGUCAACUGUGGUGUAAGAAAUGAAUGUGAUCCAGCAUUAGCUCUUUUAUCGGACUACGUUCUUCAUAACAGCAACACAAUGCGGAUAGGGGCUAUCGUUGGUUUGGGACUUGCCUACGCUGGUUCUAAUCGGGAAGCUGUACUUAGUCUGCUAGCACCAGUAUUAACUGAUCCCAAAUCCAACUGGGAAGUUGUCGGAAUUGCUGGUCUAGCUCUUGGAAUGGUAGCCGUUGGUUCAUGUAAUUCAUUUGUGACAACAACGAUAAUGCACUGCUUGAUGGAAAAGUCUGAAGCUGAUCUUAAGGAUACUUAUGCAAGAUUUUUACCUCUUGGUCUUGCGCUUUGUUUCCUCGGGAAACAAGAAGCCGCUGAAGCAAUAAUAGCAGCAUUAGAAAUUAUUCCUGAGCCUUUUAGAUCAAUGUCAACAACUCUCGUUGAAGUCUGUGCUUACGCUGGUACUGGGAAUGUCUUGAAAAUUCAACAUCUAUUGCAUAUUUGCUCAGAACAUUACGAGCCAACGAACGACAAAGACGACAAGUCUGAUCGUAAUCACAAGGACAAGGAUAAGAAGGAUAAAGAAGACAAAGAAAAGAAGGAUGAUAAAGAAAAGGAAAAGGACAAAGAUAAGGACAAGGACAAAGACAAGGAUAGUAAGCAAAAGGAGAAAGAAAAAGAUCUCAGUUCAAGACAAGCAAUUGCUGUACUUGGUAUCGCGCUUAUUUCAAUGGGAGAAGAGAUUGGAGCAGAGAUGGCUUACAGGACAUUUGGACAUCUUUUGCGGUACUGCGAACCUGUUAUCAGACGAUCAGUACCUUUGGCUCUUGGUUUGAUAUCUGUAUCAAAUCCUAAACCAAAUAUUGUCGAUACACUGUCGAAAUUUUCGCACGACAGUGAUCCAGAGGUUGCGCACAACGCUAUUUUUGGUAUGGGUCUUGUUGGAGCUGGAACAAAUAACGCGCGACUGGCUGCCAUGCUCCGCCAACUUGCUCAGUAUCACGCUAAAGAUCCCAAUAAUUUAUUCAUGGUACGCAUUGCUCAGGGACUCACACAUCUGGGUAAAGGUACACUCACUUUAUCACCUUAUCACAGCGAUCGUCAAUUACUCAGCCCAGUUGCUCUUGCUGGACUUUUGUCUGCCAUCAUUGGUUUCCUUGAUGUUAAAAAUAUAAUUCUCGGAAGAUCGCACUAUCUACUUUAUACCCUGGCAGCAGCAAUGCAACCCAGAAUGCUGGUGACAUUCGACGAAGAAUUGAACCCACUUCCAGUACCAGUGAGAGUUGGUGUUGCUGUGGACGUUGUCGGGCAAGCCGGUAAACCGAAAACAAUAACAGGAUUCCAAACACACACGACACCUGUAUUAUUAGCUUACGGAGAACGAGCUGAGCUUGCCACUGAAGAAUAUAUUCCUCUUACCCCGAUAAUGGAAGGAUUCGUUAUCCUCAGAAAGAAUCCCGACUUUGUUCCUUAGUUAAGUCAUUUUACUUUUAAUAAAAAUUAUUGUAAGGAGUGAGAGCUUGUUUGAAAAAAAAAUAAUAAUGAGAUACAGUAUAAAAUUUUUU